AUGGUCACCGCUUCGGCCAUUCUCGUGAUCAUCAUCACGAUCAUCUUCCCGCCCAUUGGCGUUUAUGCCGUUGCUGGCUGCGGAGCGGACCUUCUCGUCAACAUUUGCCUGACCAUUCUUGGUGUCUUCCCCGGCCAUAUCCACGCAUUCUACGUCGAGUAUGUCUACUAUGACCGGCGCGAACAGUCUCGCGAGGGCCGUUUCACUGCCGACCGGGCUCCAGGUAUCUACAGCGAUCGCGUGCAAUCGGGUGGCGGUGGCUACGGUACGAUUGCCCAAAACACCUAA